AUGCUGUACGGCAAUCCCGAGGUGAUUGUGCACAAUUUGAUUGCGAAAGUAAGGACCACACCUCCACCGAAGUCGGAUAGAUUGGAUACACUCAUAGAGUUCUCAGUAGCGGUCCAGAAUUUAUGUGCCACAAUAGAGGCUUGCCAGUUGGACGAGUAUUCACACAACGUCAUGCUUCUGCGUGAAUUCGUCGACAAGCUGCCGCCAUCGAUUAAGGUGGACUGGGCCAAAUACCGUCGGAAUCUUCCAUGCGUCAGCCUGACCACUUUCUCCAUGUGGUUGUACGAUCUCGCUGAGACAGUUUGCCCGAUUGCCAUGUUACCAAGUAUUGAAUCAAGAGCAACUCGUGGCAAGAAAGACGCGGCUUAUCUCAGUGCGCAUACGGACGACGUAGAGGAUCCUAGAAAUAUGUCGAAUCAGCUCGUCAGCUGUCCCAGCGUAGACAAGUGUAAGAGGUUUGCUGAACUUAGCUACAAUUCACGAUGGGCGACAGUGAAAGAAUUUAGUUUGUGUAGAAAGUGCCUGAAGAAACACAAAGGAUCGUGCAGAUCUCAACAAUCAACGAGACAGCACUACGUCGAAUCAGAUAUCCAUGAAGCGGAAGCGGAAGAUGUGCAGCAAAGUGCGCAAGCAGAACGCGAGUGUAAUAUGCAUCUGAAGUCUACAAACAAAACGCUUUUCCGAGUCGUUCCCGUAAUCCUAUACGGACCAGAGAAAUCGAUCAGAACUCAUGCCUUCUUAGACGAUGGAUCGUCGCUAACCUUAAUAGAUGCUGCUUUAGCGACAGAGCUCAGGCUUAGCGGAAAACCAGAGCCUUUGUGUCUCCGAUGGACAAGCAAUAAGAGCCUUUUGGAGAACGAUUCCCUGCGGUUGAAUGUCGAGAUUUCUGGAACGGGGGAGAAUCACAAGAAGUACAGUCUUCAAGAGAUCGGCUCCGUUCAAGAGGUACAUACUGUCUCCAAUCUCGAUUUAUUCCAACAAUCCGUGAACGCAAAAGAGUUGGUUGACCAAUAUCCAUACCGGCGUGGAAUUCCAGUUGAAUCCUUUCAUGGAGCUCAACCCCGUAUUCUCAUCGGAAUUGACAAUGCUAACCUGACGCUUCCGUUGAAGGGUAGAGAAGGAGGUUUACAUCAGCCAAUCGCCACUAAAACACGCUUGGGUUGGAUCAUACACGGAGGCACGGAACCCAGUCAAGAACUAAUCGGGUUUCACAGUUUGCAGAAGUGUCCCUGUGGUGGGACGGAUGAUGCUGCCCUUCAGAACAUGAUGACCGAGUAUUUCUCGAUUGAGAACUUAGGGGUUUACAAACCCAAAAAUUCCCUCGCAUCAAUCGAAAACCAGCGGGCUGAAGACAUUCUCAACAAACCCAUGGCAUUACGGCGACUGUGCUGUCUGGAGUCAAGACUGAAAAAAGAUCCUGAGCUGGCAGCAGUAUUGCGAACAAAAAUAAGUGAAUACCUUGCAAAGGGUUAUAUUCGCAAGUUAACAAAAGAGGAGUUGUCGGAAACACGAAAUCGAGUAUGGUAUCUUCCGAUCUUCCCCGUUUUUAACCAGAACAAGCCGGGUAAGGUACGGAUCGUCUGGGACGCGGCGGCGAAAGCCAGCGGUGUAUCACUGAAUUCGAUGCUGUUGACUGGACCAGAUCAACUUACCUCCCUUAUGUCCGUGCUCAUCAAAUUUCGGGAAAAAAAGGUGGCGUUUUGUGGUGACCUGAGAGAAAUGUUCCACCAGGUACGGAUUUCGACAGAGGACCAAAACCGUCAGCGAUUUCUAUGGAGGGAGACUCCGACAGAAGCAGAACCAAGUACCUACAUUAUGCAGGUAAUGACGUUUGGGGCGUGUUGUUCACCGAGUUGCGCCCAAUACGUCAAAAACUUGAACGCUGAGAAACACGCAGGACAGUAUCCGGCGGCGUCUAAAGCGAUCGUUAAGAACCACUAUGUGGACGAUAUGCUGGUGAGCACGGAGACGGAAGGCGAAGCGAUUCAACUAGCUCGAGAUGUUCAUUAUGUUCACAUCCAAGCCGGAUUCGAAAUGUGUAAUUGGCUAUCCAACUCUCCUGCGGUUCUUGCAGCUCUGCAGAAGGAACAGAUCGACGAGAAGAGCCUGAACAUUGGAUCGAAACUAGCCACAGAGAAAGUUCUAGGUAUGUGGUGGUGCACCGCAACAGACACACUAACAUUUAAGUUAUCGGCGAAGCAUGAUUCAGAUCUGUUGUUGGGAAGACGGCGACCAACGAAGAGGGAAGUGUUGCGGACAUUGAUGGCCAUCUUCGAUCCUCUGGGUUUACUUUCACACUUGUUGAUUUUCCUCAGGGUUCUGCUGCAGGAAAUUUGGCGCUCCGCCAUCGGCUGGGAUGAUGAAAUUCCAGAUAAUAUCAACGAAAAAUAG